CAUACCGUCGCCCUUGGUCGCAUGGACAUUGCGCCGCCACUAUGCGCAUUUCCUGUACCAACACCCUACCUACACCCUCCUCGACACCUACUGACGCCUGAUUGCAAGGCUUGGGCCGCGGCCAUGUCGUAUGCCAUCACCAGUGCCGCGAACGUUGCUCGACUCCCCUCACGUCGCGCAGCAUCUGGGCUCUUUCUCUUUGCCCUCUCAGCAACCACGUUAGUUGCGCCUGUCCACUCGACACGCACAGCAAACCUCCACACACAACGGGCGCAGUCCCUCUAUGCGCUACCCACAUGUCCGCUGCAUAGGGACACCACACCGAACCCAGCAGGUCUGCGGUCUUUCAGCUCCACCUCCCACCACUCGAGCAGCGCGCCCCAGUUCUCCUACCACGUCGCAGCAUCCUACUCCGCCAAGCAGGACCGCUUCAAUGCACAGCAGAACUUGUUCACAAACCCACUGCACGACCCCACGAAGCGCCACGAGGACUGGAGGGAUUGCAAAGAGGGCAUCGAUAAGCGAAAGCGAUUACGAAGUGGACAGGAUGCCCUCUUCUUCAGCCAGGUGGGGGACACGAAGACCACGGCAUUUGGUGUGGCCGACGGUGUGGGAGGGUGGGUAGAGUCGGGAUUGGACCCGGCAGACUUCUCCCACGGCCUGUGCGAAUACAUGACCUGCGCUGCGCGCUCAUUUCCACACGGCUUCAACACAACAUCACUGCAUCCCAAGGAGCUGCUGCAAGUGGCAUGUGACGAGGUGAGCGAGGACGACAGCAUUGAGGGCGGCGGCAGUACGGCAUGUUUGGCGAUCGCCGAGCCCGAUGGCAACGUCGAGGUCGCCAAUCUGGGCGAUUCUGGUUUCAUGCAUGUGGGACUGAAUGCAGUACGACACUUCACGCAACCCCAAACCCACGCCUUCAAUACCCCCUACCAGCUCUCCAAGACACCCCACCGCAUGCUCGUGCAGAUGGCUGUGUUCGGCGGCCCAUCAACGCUCUCCGAUCUGCCCAAAGAAUCGAGUGUCACGCACCACAAGGUUCGCCAUGGGGACGUCCUCGUCUUUGCGACAGACGGUGUAUGGGACAACCUCAGCCCGCAAGAUGUGCUCGGCAUAGUCAGCAAGCAGAUGGUGGCUGCCGGUGCGUGGGUGGAGAAGGACGGCGCGAUUGAAGUCGGACACGAUCUGGCGAAGUUGGUGCAAGCUGGUACAGGUCGCAGAGCUGAUAGCAAGUCUUUGCAGGCCAUAGUAGCCACUGCGAUCGCAAAGGAAGCGAAGGACACAGGGCUCAAUACCCGCCGCGACGGGCCCUUUGCCAAAGAAGUGCAGAAGUACUAUCCUGGCGAGAACUGGCAUGGCGGCAAGCCGGAUGACAUUGCGGCAGUGAUUGCCAUCGUGCUCGAGGAGUCGUCGACUGUAUCAUCAAAGCUAUGAUUCGGAUUGCGUAGCAGGCGCUGAAGCCGGGUUACCAGGACAUGGCGGCGUAUUCGCAUAGACCAUUGUUGGUGGUUGUUUUGACUGUUGUAUAUCAC